CAAAUCAUAGCCAAUAAUUUCUUCAAAAAACACCAAAAAUUAAAAAAGAUAAUUUAUUUUCAUAUGUUAAAGCAAUAUAGUAGUAUUACAUUUAUCUUGAAAUUUGCUCCCCUGUAGAUUGAGUUGCUGCAAUGGCUUCCCAUGCAGCAUUGGCAUCUUCAAGAAUCCCAACGAGCACGAGGCUUCCUUCGAAAACUUCUCAUUCUUUCCCUGCUCAAUGCUUCUCUAAGCUCGAAGUGGCAGAAUUCUCUGGCCUUAGGUCGAGUGGAUGUGCAACUUUUUCCAAGAAUGCUAGGGCGACUUCAUUCUUCGAUGUGGUGGCUGCACAACUCACUCCAACGGUGGCAGGAUCCACACUCGUUAAGGGAGAGACCGUUGCCAAAUUGAAGGUUGCGAUAAAUGGUUUUGGGCGCAUUGGGAGGAACUUCCUCCGCUGCUGGCAUGGCCGGAAGGACUCACCACUCGAGGUGGUGGUCGUGAACGACAGUGGCGGUGUCAAGAACGCUUCCCACUUGCUGAAGUACGACUCCAUGCUCGGCACCUUCAAGGCAGAUGUCAAGAUAGUAGACAAUGAGACCAUCAGCGUAGACGGGAAGACCAUCAAAGUCGUUGCCAACAGGGACCCUCUCAAGCUUCCUUGGGCUGAACUUGGCAUUGACAUUGUCAUUGAGGGGACCGGUGUUUUUGUGGAUGGUCCGGGAGCUGGCAAGCACAUCCAAGCCGGAGCCAAGAAGGUUAUCAUCACUGCUCCGGCUAAAGGGGCCGAUAUUCCAACCUACGUAGUUGGUGUGAACGAACAGGACUACUCUCAUGAAGUUGCUAACAUCAUAAGCAAUGCUUCCUGCACUACCAACUGUUUGGCUCCUUUUGUGAAGAUAUUGGAUGAAGAAUUUGGCAUUGUAAAGGGAACUAUGACAACUACACACUCUUACACUGGUGAUCAGAGGCUUCUAGAUGCUUCGCACCGCGACUUGAGGAGGGCGAGAGCCGCAGCGUUGAACAUCGUGCCGACGAGCACGGGCGCGGCCAAGGCCGUGUCCCUUGUCCUGCCUCAGCUGAAGGGCAAGCUGAACGGCAUCGCCCUCCGUGUGCCGACGCCUAACGUCUCGGUCGUGGACCUCGUCGUGAACACGGCGAAGAAGGGGAUGUCGGCGGAGGACGUGAACGCCGCGUUCAGGAAGGCGGCCGAGGGGCAGCUGGCGGGCGUGCUGGACGUGUGCGACGUCCCUCUCGUCUCCGUGGACUUCCGGUGCAGCGACGUCUCGUCUACCAUCGACUCGUCGCUGACCAUGGUGAUGGGGGAUGACAUGGUGAAGGUUGUCGCGUGGUACGACAAUGAGUGGGGAUACAGCCAACGAGUGGUCGAUUUGGCGCAUCUGGUGGCGGCGAAAUGGCCCGGGGAUUCGACACAAGGGAGCGGUGAUCCAUUGGAGGACUACUGCAAGACCAACCCUGCAGAGGAGGAAUGCAAGGUCUAUGAAGCUUAGUUUUUUGUUAUGAUUAUUUUACCUCAGUUGGUUGGAUUUUUCUGUUAUAUUUUCAUCUUCCCAUCUUAUUUUUCACUUAAAAUUAUGUGACAUGAAAGUUUAAUAGAAAUUUUUUUGAGUUGUUGAAGAUU